CUAAGUUAGUUUCUAAAGUUUCUUGCGGUUGUUAUUAUUCAGAAGCGGUGUCCUGGAACAGACACCGACAACCGCCAACAUGAAGUUGUGUAAAAGUUUUUUAGAGAAUGAGUUCAGGGGUCAACUGCUGAGCCAGCGGUGGAGCAGGGGAGAGACAAUCAGCAAGUGGGAGAAACGGAGCCUAAGAAUAAAGAUGAGCCAAGACGUCACAGAAACAAGAACAAGGACCCGGUCCAAAGGGGUCAGAGUACCACUUGAAGUCGUAGGGCAGGAAAUACGCCAGGAAUUAAGUAACAGCUGUCCAACGCCAGGAUGCAACGGCAAGGGGCACGUCAGCGGCAGGUACUCGCGGCACAGAAGCGUACUGGGAUGUCCAAUCGUGAAGAAGAGGAAGAUGGAGGAGGCGGAGGCAGAAGAGAACCAGGCCAGCCCCAAGAAGAGGAGCCAGCCGCUGAAGCUGGUCAUGGACGAGGGCUUCAACGCGGAGAGCGACGCCGGCAGCGAGCCCGAGGAGAAGGAGGAGGUGUUGGAGGAGGAGGAAGAGGAGCAGAAGGACAAGAAGUCGAACAAAAUGAAACGCUCGAUCGAAGAGUCGAUGAAAGAGGACAGCAAAACGCCGUUGAUGUCUGAGUGCACCUCCUCCCCUGGAGAGGAGCACCAGAGCGAGGACCUCCUCACGGAGUCAGCCCCCGCCGCCGCCGCCCAGGAGGAGGUCCCCGCUAAAGACAUCGCCCAGGAGGAGGUGGCCCAGGCGCGGGAGGAGUCCGUCCCAGAGCUCCAGGCCGUCCCAGAGCUCCAGGCCGUCCCAGAGCUCCAGGCCGUCCCAGAGCCGCAGGAGGAGCAGGAGGAAGAGUGGCAGGAGCAGGCAGUGGAGGAGGAGGAGGAGGAGGACAAACAGGAAACGGAAGACAACCCCCCUCACGUCGGGCCACUGGUUCAGAUGAGCACGGGGGAGCAUACGAAAGAGGAAGAGGAGGAGGAGGAGGAGACGAAGGAGGCGGCGAGCGAAGGCAUGGAGGAGGUGGAGAGGCACUUUGUGAGCCAGGAGAACUCGGACCACCAGUACUCCAGUGGUAACUACAAACAGCCUCCGGCCCCCGAACCAGAGGAGAAGGAGGAGGUGCAGGAGAGGAAGGAGGAGGAGGAGGAGGAGGAGGAGGAGGAAGAGGAGGAGGAGGUGGAAGAGGAGAGGGAGAAAGAGGUAGUGGUGGAGGUGGUGGAGGAGAAGGAGACAAUUGAAGAGGCCGAAGCUCCACGACCGUUGAGUCCACCAACUCAGGGAAUCACCGCUGCAGAGGAGGAGGAGGAGGAGGAGGAGGAGGAGGAGGAAGAGGAGGAGGAAGAGGAGGAGGAGGAGGAGGUACUCAGGGAGGAAAGGGUGCUCAGCCCCUCGACACAGGAGGAAGAGGAGCAGGUAGCAGGCGAGGAGGAAGAGGAAGAGGAGGAGCAAGACGAGGAGGAGGAGGAGGAGGAGGAGGAGGAAGAGGAGAGAGAGGAGGAACUGAUGCAGCACAAGGACGCCCGCAACGUGGUAGAACAGGAAGAGGAGGAGGAAGAGGAGGAGGGAGGAAGAGGAGGAGGAGGAAGAGGAGGAGGAGCGACACUCACACAAAGCCUCCCCCACACCGUGCUCAUAGAGGUCCGCUCCGACGCCGACGAUGACGAGGAGGAGAUCGAGGCGGAGGCGGGAGCGGAGGAGGACGAGGAGGACGAGGAGGAGGAAGAGGAGGAGGAAGAGGAGGACCACGUGUCGGACGGCUCGGGGGUGACGGACGACUCGGAGAACUGGGACAUGACGCGGGGGAACCUGGGGCUCCUGGAGCAGGCCAUCGCCAUGAAGGCCGGGGAGGUGCGGGCGCCCCAGGAGGGCGGCAGCUCCCCGGACUACCAGCCGUACCACAGCCCCUCCCAGAGGACCUCCAGCAACGCCUCCGACCAGCUGGGGGCCGCUCGCCGCGCAGGGGCCACCAGCAAGGACAAGAAGGAGGUCAAGUGCCCCACCCCAGGGUGCGACGGGACGGGCCACGUCACCGGCCUGUACCCCCACCACCGGAGCCUGUCCGGCUGCCCCCACAAGGACCGCAUCCCCCCCGAGAUCCUGGCCAUGCACGAGAACGUGCUCAAGUGUCCGACUCCAGGAUGCACGGGCCAGGGUCACGUGAACAGCAACCGCAACACACAUCGCAGUCUGUCGGGCUGUCCGAUCGCGGCGGCCUCCAAGCUAAACAAGACCCACGAGAAGCCGGUCCUGAGCCAGGCCUCACCCAGCGAAGCCUCCACCACCGCCAACUCGGACCGCGUGCUCAGGCCCAUGUGUUUCGUGAAGCAGCUGGAGAUCCCCCAGUACGGCAGCUACCGACCCAACAUGGUGCCGGCCACGCCCCGCGCCAACCUGGCCAAGGAGCUGGAGAAGUACUCCAAGGUGUCCUUCGACUACGCCAGCUUCGACGUGCAGGUGUUCGGGAAGCCCAUGCUGGUCCCCAAGAUGCCCGGCUCCGGAGAGUCGUCACCCAAAGCCUUUAAAUCCAAGCCGUUCCCGAAGGCCUCCUCCCCCAGCCACAGCCUGUCCGGCGGCUACGCUAAGAGCGCCUCCUCGGCCUCCUCGUCCUCCAGCGGCUACGACUACAGCCACGACGCCGAGGCCGCGCACAUGGCCGCCACCGCCAUCCUCAACCUGUCCACGCGCUGCUGGGAGCGGCCCGAGAACCUCAGCAACAAGACGCCCACGGAGAACGACAGCAACGACGGCAAGGAGACGGACAUCGAGGUGGACGAGAACGGCACCCUGGACCUGAGCAUGAAGAAGGCCAAGAAGGAGGGGGGGCAGUCGCCCCACCCUUCCUCCUCCCCCUCCACCUCCUCCCACUCCUCCCAGCACCUCAGGGACUCCGCCGCCCAGGGCAACGCCCAGGUGGAGUGGGAGGAGCCUCUGGACUUCACCAAGCCCAGCGGCGCCAAGGAGGAUGAGCCAGACGAGAUGGAGUACGCGCCGCCCUCUUACACGUCUUCGGACGGGGAGGAAGAGGACCGGGACAGUCUGAGGGAGAGGAAGUACCCCGGGGAGGUCACCACCGGUACCUACAAGGUCAAGGCGUCCCCGAAGGACAGCAAGAAGGAGGUCCUCAUAUGCCCCACACCAGGCUGUGACGGUAGUGGACACAUUACAGGGAACUACGCCUCACACCGUAGUCUGUCUGGCUGUCCACUCGCCGAUAAAUCUCUUCGGACCCUCAUGGCGGCCCACACUGCUGAACUGAAGUGUCCGACGCCCGGGUGCGAUGGAUCAGGACACAUCACGGGAAACUAUGCCUCCCACAGAAGUCUGUCCGGAUGCCCGCGUGCCAAGAAAGGAGGCCUGAAGACCACGCCCACCAAGGAUGACAAGGACGACUCUGAGCUGCUGAGGUGCCCCGUGCCCGGCUGCGAUAGCCUGGGCCACAUCAGCGGGAAGUACGCCACGCACCGCAGCGCCUACGGCUGCCCGCUGGCGGCGCGGCGCCAGAAGGAGGGGCUCCUGAACGGGGCCCCCUUCUCCUGGAAGGCCUUCAAGACCGAUGGCCCCACCUGCCCCACGCCCGGCUGCGACGGCUCCGGACACGCCAACGGCAGCUUCCUCACCCACCGCAGUCUCUCAGGUUGCCCCAGAGCGUCGGCGAACAAGAAGAGGACCAAGUUCCCCGGAGACGAGUACAUCACGGCUAAAUUCAGAGCCAGCGAUGUUCUGGACAACGACGAGGACAUCAAGCAGCUCAACAAGGAGAUCAACGACCUGAGUGAUUCCAACUCGGAGAUGGAGGCGGACAUGAUGAACAUGCACGACCAGAUCUCGUCCAUGGAGAAGAACCUGCAGAGCAUGGAGGAGGAGAACGAGCAGAUCGAGGAGAGGAACGAGACCCUGUUCAUGGAGCUGUCGGGUCUCAGCCAGGUGCUGAUCCGAAGCCUGGCCAACAUCCGCCUUCCCAGCAUGCAGGAGCCGCUGUCCGAGCAGAACUUCGACAGUUACGUGGACACGCUGACGCACAUGUUUACCAACAAGGACUGCUACCAGAACCCAGAGAACCGGGCGCUGCUGGAGUCCAUCAACCAGGCGGUGAAGGGCAUCGAGGUUUAACGGGCUAGAAGAAAAAAAAAAAAGGGCGGGAAAAUCAAAAAUGCUAAGCUAAAAUGCUAAUAUG